UUUGUAUUCAGUUUCAUUAUACAUACACAUGCAUUGGAUUAGUUUAGUGGAACUCAUUCCAGCUGAUUAUCGGAGUGAUGGCUACGUUAGCUAAAAUCAAAAAUUUGGUCAUUCCAUUGGCAUCAGCACAUAACAGAGUGCUUUUUAAUGCUGUUCGAAACAAGGUGAUGACUAAUUUUGAUUAUAUGCCGGGUCCUUAUCCAAAAACCGAAGAGGAAAGAAUACAAGCUGCGAAAAAAUACGGCUUACAUCCUGCUGAAUAUAAACCAUAUCCUGAGGAUGGAUUAAUUGCUCCGGGUGAUUAUCCUGAGCUUCCAAUGAUAGCAGUUAGUCAAAAAGAUAUCAAUUAUCCAUGGGAUGAUCCUGAUGAAAGAAGGAAUUACGAAGAACCGAUUCAUUUUAAUAUGAAUCUUUUACAAGAAGAUAAAACUGAUAUAGGAGAAAUCCCUUUUUAUGAGGAUUGGAAAGUUCCACUUUAUUUUCUUGCUUACAUGAUCGGUGGAUGGGUGAUAUUUAGUCUUGCAUGGAAACUUCCUCGUUUUCAACCAAGAAUGGAAAAGCAAAUGCCAUUUGGAAAAACUGGAAGAAAACAUUACACAUUUGAACCAGCUAAAUAAUUAAAUAAAGCAUUUUGGAAUAAAUCAGUAGUUGAAAAAACAAUAAAAUAAAUAUUUAAAUA